AUGUCAGGUUCAUUGCUCACACUAAAAAAUAUAAAAAAUUGGAAUAUUUUCAGUGGACUAUGUGUACGUCGGCCUGCAGUUAUUGCGCCUGAACUGAGGCCAUUUGAAAAAACAGUAGCGGAUCUAUACGAAAAGUUGGAAUUCGAGAAAAGUCACUUAUCUGCCCAUGAACUAAGACAUGCAGCUGAAGUGAAAAAGCUUUCUAACGCUCUUUCAAAAGGUGCUGUUGUUAGUACACAAGAAGCACUAGUAACUGCUCGUGAGACAGAAUUGAUGUGGGAAUCGGAAGCUGAAAAGUUCAAACCAGCAGACAGACUGACAGAAAAUGACAAAAGUGGGAAUUUGAAAUCUGCUUGGCGUGUGUUGGAUAAACCUUUAUUUCUGUUAGUUCAGUCAUCGAAAGACGCCCCCAAUGUAUGGAGUCUUCCAAGUGCACCAGUAUGCAAUGCAAAAAGUUUACGACAAACUGCAGAUUCUAUAGCAGUUAGUUUAUUACCAUCAAAAGCUAAAUGGUGUAUAUUUGGCGAUGCUCCAGUUGCUGUUUGGUUAUCUCAAGAUGAGAGCAAAGAAGACACUGCUACACAAGUAUAUUUUUUCAAUGUCUAUGUUGAUAGACAUUGGCAUGGUGAAGAUUUAAUGUUAGAUGACGAUUCCGGUGUUAAAGAUUUUGCAUGGGUCCCAAGAAAUAAAUUUAAGGAUUUUAUCAAGGGUAAAGAAUUAUUGAGAACUUUGAAGUCAUUCGCUGUCGAGUACUAA